GAUGCAGCCAAGGGAAGGUGGCGAGCAGAAGGGACUCCGGGCGGUCAGCGAAGCACCGGGAGCUCGCGGGUCCGGCCACACAGAGCCCUCUUCCAUCAGAUCGAGCAGCUGAUGUUCUGACCUUUGACUCCUGAUCAGUUCUCCUGCCCUGGUCGAGAUUCAUUCUUCCCAGCAGCCACGCCAUGAACACCUCCCCAGGAACAGUGGGCAGUGAUCCUGUCAUCUUAGCCACUGCGGGCUAUGACCACACUGUGCGGUUCUGGCAGGCCCACAGCGGGAUCUGCACACGCACUGUCCAGCAUCAGGAUUCUCAGGUGAAUGCGCUCGAAAUCACUCCAGACCGCAGCAUGAUUGCUGCUGCAGGUUAUCAGCACAUCCGCAUGUAUGAUCUCAACUCCAAUAACCCCAACCCCAUCAUCAGCUAUGAUGGAGUCAAUAAGAACAUCGCAUCUGUGGGUUUCCAUGAAGAUGGCCGUUGGAUGUAUACAGGCGGGGAGGACUGCACUGCCCGAAUCUGGGACCUCAGGUCUCGAAAUCUGCAGUGUCAGCGGAUCUUCCAGGUGAAUGCACCCAUUAAUUGUGUGUGCUUGCACCCCAACCAGGCAGAGCUCAUCGUGGGUGACCAGAGCGGUGCUAUCCACAUCUGGGAUCUGAAAACAGACCACAAUGAGCAGCUGAUCCCAGAGCCAGAGGUCUCCAUCACGUCUGCCCAUAUUGACCCUGAUGCCAGCUACAUGGCAGCAGUCAAUAGCACAGGAAACUGCUAUGUCUGGAAUCUGACUGGGGGUAUUGGUGACGAAGUGACCCAGCUCAUCCCCAAGACCAAGAUCCCAGCCCAUACCCGCUACGCCCUGCAGUGUCGUUUCAGCCCUGACUCCACGCUCCUUGCCACCUGCUCAGCUGACCAGACAUGCAAGAUUUGGAGGACAUCCAACUUUUCCCUGAUGACAGAGCUGAGCAUCAAGAGCAGCAACCCUGGAGAGUCAUCGCGUGGCUGGAUGUGGGGCUGUGCCUUCUCAGGGGACUCCCAGUACAUUGUCACGGCUUCGUCUGACAAUUUGGCCCGCCUUUGGUGUGUGGAGACUGGAGAGAUCAAGAGAGAGUAUGGCGGCCACCAGAAAGCUGUUGUUUGCUUGGCCUUCAAUGACAGUGUGCUGGGCUAGCGUGUACCCUUGGGAAUGCAGGCAGCUAUGGGGCAGUGGGGAUGGCCUGUGCAGUGCCUCCAGCUGGACGUACCUGUA